AUGUCAAUCAUCCGUCCCACCUUGGUUUCUCCGGCGGUCUUCUUCAGCAAUUUGCCAAGUGGGUACAUGACUCCUCAGAGCCCAAUUGGCUCCGUGGUCACGAGUGUGGAAAUCACACCAGUGCAUUCCUCCGAGGGGUCCACUGCCCCAUCGUCUCCACUCAAUUUGGAAAGUCUUCAUUUGGACGACGAGCCUGAAAGUCCUCUCUCCUCCACAGAGGGGCUCAACGGGGGCAGCGGCAGCGAGGCCGACGACGAAGGGGAGCCACAAGUGGUUGAUGAGCACAUGGAUUGGGAGGACAACGUGUAA